GCAAUGAAUAUUAAAGCCGAGGAUGUCUCAGACUCACAACAGGCAGCGGAUCCUAUGCGAAUAACAUUUCAGGACAUAAAGGCUACACCUGAGAACUGUAGAAAUUUGGAGAAUGCUUUAGUGGAUCCGUAUGGUGAGACAUGCCAAACACCUCAUGAUGCAAGUCAGGCCAUGAAUGUAAAAGCUGAGGCAGUCUCAGAUGCAGAAGAGGAAGAGGAUCCUGUCCCACUAACAUUUCCAGAAAUAAAGGCUGAACCUGAGGAAAAAUUCUUCAGAUUUUCUUUGUCUGUCGCAUCCACGAAGCAGUGCUUUGGUACUACAUCAUGGAGUUCCCAGGCUCUAUAAAUGGUGAAGUUUAUCAUUUGUUUUCUGUCUCCCAUGCGGUCUGUAUCCAUGUAAUAACAUGGAGGUGUCAUUAUGUUGAGGACUUGUAACAGGAUAACUAAUGAUUCUCUAAGGAUGUGUGACAAUGUGUGACUGAAUAUAGACAUGUGUUACCUGUUGCCCUUUGUUUGAAGCAAAUUUAAUAUACGUGACACCGUUNUUUGGAGUUGCCCCUGCACCUGCUAUCAGGUGACUGUUUCUCAUGACAGAUUUUUUUGUUGUUUUCUCUCAGACAGAAAGGUGACUGAACAUUAGAUACAAAGAAUGUGUAAAAUGUGUAGAAAGCAAUAGUGAUGAACUGGCAUUGGCAACACAUCCUAAUACAAGUGUAUUGACACAAUUGUGGUGAAAUGGAAUAUACAAUUGGAAUACAGCAUAGUGGACAGUU